GUCAUGAGCUGUGGUGACGAUGUGGUUCUUCCUUCUCCUCUACGUGGCUCACAUUGUGCCGGCAAUCUCACAAGAUGAUGAAAAAAUCAAGGUGAUUCUAAAGGGAGAAGACCCGUGUGAAGGCCAUGCUGAAGUCCUCUAUAAAGGUGAGUGGGGCUAUGUUGGCGACACGCACUGGGACAAGACAACUGAAGAAACGCUGUGCAGGAGCACUGACUGUGGGAAACCUAAGUCACACAACACAAUGCAGUACGUCUUCAGAGAAAUGGGGAAACCAGUCUGGCUCAACGAAGUAGUCUGCAAAGAGAACUCGAGUGAUCUGACGAAGUGUACCCAUCCAGGCUGGAACAGCAGCUAUUACUCAAAGGACUAUGUGAAAAAGCUCAGUUGUUCAAAGAAAAUCGAGAUCGGCUUCUUUCAGAGUCCAUUCCGCUGUGCAGGAGCUGUGAUGUACAAUGACACCUCUGAUGGGGAACAAGGUUAUUUCUGUGGCAGCCUGGAAUUAACUGAUGUCAAUCAGUUGUGUAAAAACCUCAACUGUGGUGAAUCCAAAGAGGUUCUUAAGGAUGAAUGGAUGAUUUUGAAAGACAGACAAAACCUGAAAAUGAGGUCCAUCAACUGUUUAGGGAUCCAGAAUGUAAGCAAUCUGUGGCAAUGCGUCUCUUCUAAAACGUCAUGCACAAAUCCAGUGUCUGUCAUAUGCAAAGGUCAUAAGAGACCGCAGGUCAGAGGAGAGACGAAAAAUGGCUGUGGGCGGCUGAAAAUAGAAAAAGACGACAAAUGGAUUCCUGAUAAAAACUCAGCGAAUGAUCUGUGCAAGCAAAUACACUGUGGUGAAGAAGGCAGCUAUAAUAAGAGUACCACAGAGCUGACAUGCAAAAAAAACGUUGAAGUAGUUCUGAUGGACAAAAGAAAACCCAGCACAUGCUAUGGUGAGGUUUAUUUUAAGGUGGAUGAUGCACUCAAACGCGUGUGUGGCUCCAACUGGAACAAAAAGAAUGCUGAAGUGGUCUGCAAGGAGCUAAACUGUGGAGGGGUGGUUGCUCAUCUGUCUAACAAUAUUAAUGAAAAGGGGAUAAUGGACAACGUGAAGUGCUCGGGCAAAGAGUCCUCACUGUGGCACUGUAUGGCAAAGCGUAGCGACCACGAUGCCUUCUCAUGUUCUUCCAGCGCCUAUGUGAUCUGUAGAGGUAGCAUAGAUGUGAGACUGGCAGACGGUCCUGGAAAAUGCGCUGGGAGAGUUGAAUUGCUGUAUGAGGGCCAGUGGCAAGGGGUCACUACGCAAGAAUGGACAGACAAGAACGCAGAUGUCGUGUGCACACAUCUGAAAUGUGGAAAUCAAGCAAAAACUGCCGAGCCUGAAAAAUUCAGCCAGGGUUCAGGCGGUUCCCUCGAUCUAUCCUGCAAAUCAAGUGUCUCUGACUGUGAUAUCACUAAAAAUCUGAAUCGUGAACGUGGAGAGAAGGAAGCAGUGGGGAUAACCUGUGAGGAACAUAAGGUGGUGUUUCUGAAGGAAAAUGCUUGUUCUGGAACGGUGGGGAUAGAGCAUGCCGGCAAAACCUACUGGCUAUCCGGGUCGACGGACACAUGGAACCAAGAGUCUGCAAACAUCGUGUGUCAGCAGAUGCACUGUGGGAAAGCUGACAACUACUCCUUCAUCCCUAGUGCUGAUAUGAUGAAAGACGUUUGGCGUAAAUCUUACAACUGCUCAUCAGACUCCAAAUCUCUGUUUGAAUGUAAAAAUACGCAACUGCCAUCUGACUACAAUGAAACUGUUGCCUCUGUGAUGUGCUCAGGAGAAAUCUCAGUGAAACUGACCGAAGAGUGCUGGGGGUUCGUCACCAUUUGCACGGGAGGGGAAUGUGACGGUGUGUGUGAUGCUGCCUGGACAGACAAAAUGUCUCAGAUGCUGUGUGCAGAGACGAGCUGUGGGCAUGCGAUGACUAGUGUCAAACAGAAACAGGAACAAAGCAACGUGAUUUUCAAGAGCUUGCACAUGACGAACCACACGACCAACCUGGGCCAGUGCAACUUGGUGAAAAAAGAAAAAAACGAUGGAGUCUCCUGUAAAAAAGCCUAUGUUGUUUGCACAGGUAGUAUCAAGGCCAAGAUUAACGUUUCCAGCUCCAGAUCCAAAUGUUCUGGAAAUGUGGAGAUGAACUAUGAAGGCCAGUGGCUCCCAGUGUGCAAGGAUGCUCUACAAAAUGUUGAAACACAAAAGAUCAUCUGCAGGGAACUGAAUUGCGGUCAGCCUCUCAACGUAGUUGACUACUUUGGGCCGAGAGCAGCAGUGCCUCCUGUCAUUUCAAAAAUAGAGUGUCCUACAAAUGGCAACAUGUCAUCAUGUAGCAUCUCUCCUGGCACGUCCAGCUGCCCUCUUGGUCACCUCCAGUGCUCCAGCUGGGGUCACAUGGACCUGAAAUUCGGCAAUGCCUGUAGUGGAGCUGUGUUUGUUCACUCAGAGGGAAAAAAGAGCAGUAUCUCCCCUAACGGCUGGAGUGAAACUGCGGGCAAGCAGCUUUGCAAGGACCUGAAAUGUGGCGAGCUCAGGUUAAUUAAACCAAUUCAGUCUACAGCAGAGUCUACCUGGCAUCGAAACUUCAACUGUGAUGGUGUAGAGACGCCACAAAACAUAUGGGACUGUGAAAAUUCCUCACAGAACGAGACGGUCACCUCAGCUGAGCAGGUCUUUAUUGAAUGCCAAGGCGAGCCAAAAGUCACUCUCUCAGAGGACUGUUAUGGUGAAGUGAGGAUAAAUAACACCAGUGUGUGCCAUAGGAACUGGAAACCUGAGUAUUCAGACUUGGUUUGCCAGGAAAAAGGGUGUGGCAAUGUAGUGCCACAGAGCAGUAGCAGCAAACGUUCACCUAAAGAUGAGAGCUACCACGUCAGUUGUGAAGAAUACCAUUACAAGCUUGGCCAGUGCAACAGAUAUAAGGCAAAGUGUGAAGACGUGGUGUAUGUUUACUGUUCUGGUGCUGUCAAGUUCGACACCACAGAAACAUGUGGAGGUAAAAUACGAGUCAGAUACGGAGAUAGUAAGCUAUCUUAUCUUUACUUCGAUUCUCAAGAUUCCUCUAUGAAGCAGAAGCUCUGUGAAGCACUCAACUGUAACGGUCACAAUGCUAGCAUAAAAAAAACAAAAAACAAAGAAAAGGAGAUUACCAUGAAAGCACAGCUUAAUUGCACCAAAGACAACAUGGACAUUAGGCGCUGCGUCACUAUAAAUGAUCGGACGACCAAACCAUUUCAGAUCUACUGUAACGGGUAUAAGAGUAAUGUGACGCCUCCUGAAUCAGGACCGAACUACACAGUGGCCAUCAUCCUCGGAUUAGGCUUUCUUCUGAUAGUGAUGAUAUUGAUAAUUGUGUUUAUACGCAUCCGCAUGGUGAGGAAAUCCAAGAGGCCCAUGAACGUCUCAUCGAGAAUGUUGCCAGGAAAAGAAGUAGAGUCUGAAAGUGGCGAAUAUGAACCUGUCACAAACGAAAAUGAAAUGGACGUCUUCAGUAAUGGCAGGUUCAGAUCAGAGGCUGAAGUCAUCACGGAGAACGACGCAAAGAGUAUCUCUUACGAUGAUGUUGGCGAAGCGGCUGAGUCUCAGCCCCUCACCUCUCCGGCAGUCCCUGCUGGCACAUCAGGAGACAGCUUUUUCGGUGAUGAUGCCCUCAAUCAACACUCAGAUGGGGUGACCUACGAGGUGGAAGACCCACAGGAGAAUUACGACGACAUUGAAGCCAGCCCUGAAUUCAUUCAGACUAAAGCUGAAGUCCAUGACGUCCCCGAACCUGCGCCUGAAAGCGUCACCGUGGCAACUCCAGGGAUGGUGCAGGGGGAAGAGGACUACCUGGUGCCAGGCCAAGAUAGGUGAGACAAAAGUGGGUUUAAUAGAAUCUGGAUCACCCCAAAACCCAGCUCACUUUUACUCUGACAAAGAUGGAAAAACAUUGACCAUGGACAAACUGUAAAGAAUCUUUGUAUGCAUCAGACAGUGGUUAAAAUGAAUAAUGUAAAACACAUCACAAAUCAGACAAAAUUCAACAAUUUAUCAACAUUCAAAUGGAAGUUUCAGGAACUUCAUACUGCUGAUGCGUGUACCUUCCAAUGAGAUUAAGGUUGCUUUAUGUCUUAUUUUACAAGAGCGUAUAAGAAAUGUAUUUGUGUUUACUUUCAUGAAAUAAGCCGUACUAAAAAUGUUUAGAUGUACAUAUUUUUUUGGAUUCAUCAUACAUUUGUUUAAAAACAUAAAUCUGAUGUAUAUUUAGUAGUUAAGCUUCUAUGAUUUCCGCACAUUUCCGUUCAGACAGAUAUGUCCUAUAGCAUAACUCAGGUGAUAUUUACGUAUUAUUAUUUUUGAAGUUAAUAUACAGCUUUGUAAGAAUGUAUAACAUUGAGAUUUCACUGUCACAUUAAUGUUUUUUUAGUUUUUUUAAAUAAAUAGUUGCUGAGAGUUGGCUCAAUGCCACGCUCACAACUGUACGGUAGAUUUAAAUUUUCAGUCAGCAGCCAGUUAGCUUAGCUUAACUUAGAAACACGACUGAAGCUCACAAAUUAUUAUGAUCUGUUGUUUGCUUCAUCUGUCCAAAAAUGGAGUCAAAUCAACAAGAUACGUGUUCAUUCUUCAAAUUUAAGAGUGCUGGCUGGUGGAUCUUGUUAGCUUUGCACUGAGCCAUGCUAUCUGGUAUACAGAGAUAAGACUGGUGUGGAUCGUCUUAUGUAACUUGCAAGAAAUUAACAUAAUGUAUAAAACAUGAACAUAAUAAGUUUGCUAUGUCAUCUUUUAUUGUUUGAGUGUCUUUAACAAGACUUGAGAUAAAUUUAAAGAGUGGGUCGUCCAAUAACCCCAAGGUUGGCGGCUUGAUUGCCACUCUUGCUGCUCAAAAAAGAUUGCCACGGCCGAGGUGCCCCUGAGCAAGGCACUGUCAACAAUCAACAUCUACUCCCAGGGUUGCUGUGAGUUGAUGCCACCGCUCCAGUGAAUCUGGCAUCCGUCAAUUUGAGUGUGUGACCCUGUGCAUGUGCAUAUGUGCGCAACAGGUGCCCACCUAGAUGGGUUAAAUGCAGUGAAGUCAUUUCAAGUUCAACAUGAUUAAUAAAGUUUCUAAAAUUAAAUUUACUAAACUGGUAACAGAACAACAACAAACAUUUUAUUGCCAUUUUUUAUGCUUUCUUACAUGAGUUUUUAUGGACUUUCAGUUAUUUUUUGUUCUUGUGAAGUUGCAGCUUGUCUUCAGAAUUAAAUCCAGUCAUUGCAUCAUAGCAUCAGCUGUACAAUGAAUGUAACUGCUUCUUUAUAAAAUG